GAUAUAAACAUUAUUAAAUCCAAUCUGCUACCAAAAGUUUUUAUAGUAAUUUGGUUUAUAUUAAAUAUUGUUAUGAAAUAAAAUGAAAUUGCCAUUGCAUACGGUUUUGUCACCUUUACUCAAACCAAACUUAAGCUCUACAUAUACGUUUUGCCAACAUCCAAUAUUUUCAGGAAGUGUUUUUUACACCUACUUUUACGGGGUCAUUGGUUUGUUCGUAAGUGUUCAUCACUUGAAGAAACAUUUGGGAGUGAUCCCUUAUGAUGUAAGCUGCGCAGUUGAUGAUAGUAUAAGAAACAUUAUGGUGCUGCACGAUCUGAGAAUUAUAUCAAACACUUUAGGAAUAUUGCAGUACACGUCGCUACUAAUAGGUUGUGCAACUGAGAACCCUGGACUAUUCUUGCCACAUUUAGCAGGUGAACUUGUGAUUCUUGUCUUUAAAUUCUUUAAUAUAAUAUUCUUAUUGCUCACACUAUACAAUUGUAAAUCAAUGGCUAAGGUGUGCGAUAAAGCUGCAUCAGUCGCGGUAAUUACUUUUAAUUGGUUCCAAGAAUUUUGUGUUUUUCGAAGAUAUUUAUGCAUUUGUGAUCUUUAAUAUACAUUUAACAAAUAACAAUAA